UCGCUGCCGGCGGGGAGCGGCCCCGAGCCGCCGGCGCUGCUCCGCGCCCGCAGGGUUUGCUGGGCUGCGCUGGAAGGCUGAGCAAUGUCUCUCGCUAACUGCAGCCAGAUGUGCCUGCUUGGCAGCGCGCUGCACACACAGCACCGAGGGAACGCCGGAUCGGCGCUGUCACAUGGGGUACAGCCAACACAAAGAGGGACAGCUGCCUGUUUUUCCAAGCUUGGAGGACACAAGAGGCAGUGCUGGCAGCCAGGCCAUUCCUCAAGGCCCUGAGUGAUGCAGCAGUUUGUAACCCAGCUCCAUUUCAGUUGAAGAACUAAUCAAAUAAGACAGAAGAUCUCCAGGAAAAGUAUGGACAGUGGUGCCAGGCAGCUCAAACACAGCUUUUAGCAGUCCCAGGAACUCCAGAGAGACAAUGAGAGUUCGCCUCAAAGGGGAUGUGAUCUGUACCCUCUUCCUGCUGGUGGCACUUUGUUCUUUGCUCUACUCCCAGCUGGAGCAUUUAGUCCCGGCAGGAAAGAAGGAGCCAGCACAGAGCAAGCCUCGAGUGGCACCAAAAACAUUCUCUGAUCCCAGAGCACCUCGGAGGCUGAUGCCAGCAGAGGCAACUGCACCCAGACCUCAAGUUACCCCUGUCAUGAGACAAACAGAAGUGGCCAAAAACAGGGUCCAAACUACAGCUGCACCCCCACUCACUGAUUCUGCCUUCAACUUCAAGCUCUAUCUCCUAAACAAGGAUAACAGGAACUUCAACCUCCUCAUUAACCAGCCCAGGAAAUGCCGAAAGACACCGGGCGGUCCCUUUCUGCUCAUUGCUAUCAAAUCAGUCGUUGAAGAUUUUGACAGGCGUGAGAUUGUCCGGAAAACUUGGGGCAGGGAGGGUUUGGUGAAUGGGGAGCAGAUCCAGCGAGUGUUCCUCCUGGGAACACCAAGGAAUAGGACAGUGCUGGCAACAUGGGAGACCCUGAUGCACCAGGAGAGUCAGACAUACCGGGACAUUUUGCUCUGGGACUUCAUGGACACUUUCUUCAACCUGACCCUGAAGGAGAUCCACUUCCUGAGCUGGGCUGCUGAAUUCUGCCACAACGUGAAAUUUAUUUUCAAAGGCGACGCCGAUGUCUUUGUCAAUGUCGAGAACAUUGUUGAUUUCCUCAAGAGGCACGAUCCCACUGAAGACCUCUUUGUUGGGGACAUCAUCUACAACGCCCGUCCCAUCCGCGUGCGGAAGAGCAAAUACUACAUCCCAGAGACCAUGUACGGGCUGAGCAUCUACCCCGCCUACGCUGGGGGAGGAGGGUUCCUGCUGUCCAGCUGCACCAUGAGGAAGCUCUCUAGGGCUUGCAAAGAAGUGGAGCUCUUCCCCAUUGAUGAUGUCUUUUUGGGCAUGUGCUUACAGAGAAUCAACCUCAAGCCCAUUUUACACGAAGGGUUCAAGACCUUUGGCAUUGUUAAGCCUUCUGCUGCCCCGCACCUGGAGACGUUUGAUCCCUGUUUUUACAAAGAUCUCAUGGUGGUUCAUAGCCUGAAAGUUGCUGAGAUCUGGCUGAUGUGGAACCUGCUCCACAGCCCACGGCUUUCCUGUACUCAGAAGAAGCAGGUGAAGAAGCCUUUCCAGUGGAAGAAGAAAGCUCAGACAACAACACCAGCAUCACCCCUCAGAUAAUGCAGGCAGAGUGCAGCAAACACAGCAAACCAGCCAAGAAAGGGAGCCUGGAACUGACACUGCCCAACAAACCAACCUUCUGAGUAUUUUAGCACAUCUUAUUUACAACAUUAAGAAAAGACAACAAACAAUUGCAGGAAUUUGCCCAAAUUCCACAUUUGCACAUACAUAUCAUGUGGGUCCUUCUGUACUAAUGAGUCCAAAUAAUCAUAACAUAUAUAUAAUUUAUUAUUAUUUAUUAGGAUUAUAGUAGUGCUUAGUGGGACAGUGUGUAAAAGCACAUUGAAAAAUGCAGUCCUUGGACAUUUUUCAGCAUGGUUACAAGUGUGAGAAAUGAAAGAAGACACAGGGUAAGAACAGACACCAGGGAGCACAGGGAUCAUUGUCAAUUUGCUACUUGACUUGGACUCAUUGAAAAAUGACCAAACAGGAACUAGAGUCCCCUUAGUGUCUGCUCAGAUCACAUCACUGCUGCCUGGUUGGUCUUCCACAGGCCUUGUAAGAAGAGAACAAUAAACAGCUCUUGAAAUGGGGUCCUACAGCUGCAGUUUAGGUGGAUUACAAGAAAUCAAACUGGAUGUUGAAGCUGGUGUGGCUGGUGGAGCAAAGGACAGGUAAGUAGGUAGCUAGAAAGGAGCAGACUUACAAAGGGCCUUUAGAGAAAGGACAAUAACUUCAAGUUGCUUUUGGCACUUCCCUGAGCUCAGGCUCUCUGCACUACGCUGACUGACGUUCAAGGACAAUUCACAAGUCAUCAGCAGUAUCUGAUUGCUCUCAUGAUCUGACCCAGAUUUUCAGAAGGUUUGCAUCUGGAGAGAUCCUCUGGCCUGUGCUUAUAAGCACACCCCCACACAGAGCUGCUGCUUGCAUCACGUUUGGGAGCUGCUUCAAACCAAAGAGUGGACUGGGCUGGUUUCUACAGACCUUGGUCUCUUGCUCAGCACAGCCAGCUGCAGAGGGCCGCCAGGGCUUUCAUACUGCUGCGGGUGUCUUGUGAAGGGAGAAAGUUUUCAGACAAAAGGACUUCAGAAUAAAAGUCCAUCUAAAUUUAUUGCAAGAAAUCAAAACCACACAGCAAUCUUUCUGUUGGGCUUUCCAAGGUUCAGUCAGGAACUUUGUGAGUAUUUUAAGCAUCAGACAAGAACACUGAAUUGCUCAGAUUUUCAAAGUAUAGUCCAGACUUUGAUGCAUUUUGUUUUUCCCAACAGCAGACUACCUUAGAAGAAUAUACUUUUAUCAGACAUCAAAGCAGAAGUGAAUUCCUCUAAAUCAGGGUUACAAAGCUGUGAAAUUCAUGGGACAAAGAGCCUUAAUUCACCUCUGAUACCGUGUUUGUUAAUUCUUUUACAAGUUUUUACCCCCUCAACAAAACUCCUGUCCAUCAGAGAACCCCUGAGGAUGGCACAUCCACACAGCUUCAAAGGGAACUACAAUCAGUCACAAAAGCCCAAAGUUCCUUUCCCUUGCACAGAGCCUGCAGCACAGCUGCCUUUCAUAUCCGUGUGCAAGCUCCCUCCCUCCUCCCUGCAGCAGUCUGGGCUCAGUGCUGGUACUGACAAUGCACAGACAGAGCAGCAGGCUGGGAAACAGCCAAUGGACAACAGCUUUACACACUGCUAAUCUUCAUCAUGAGUUCAAGCCUUACAACAAUGUGUUUCCAAGAAAAUGUCAGCUUUAUAGAAAUGGAAAGAUUUCUACAUUUGAGGUAUUUUCAGGAUGCAAUCCCGAAAUACAAAAUGUUCACAUGAGCUUCACAAGGAGCUUUGCAGGGUGUGGAACUAAGCCAAAGCCUCACUGGUAGGACAAAAUCAGCCCUGCCCCUGUCUGCUAUCAUGUGUGAUACUUGUGUAUUUAUGAGAUUCUACAGAAAUGCAUUACCUGGGAGUAGUUUACAGUUGGGGAAGUUAUUUAUACCAUCAUUAAAAGACAGCAUGCGGAUGUG